CCAAAAUCCCAAUAAGAAGAUAGAAAAGUUUUCUCCCGACUCGUUUUCAAUCUCUUCUGAUUACUACUCACUCUCUCUAUCGAAUCGAAUUUGGAUUCUCAGCUUCUGGGUUUCUCAAAAAUCAAAUCUUUUUCAGCUACGAUUCUUUGUAUCUGUCUACGGUUGCUUAAGGAAUCGUUGGAAUUGGGUGACAAAACAGUUUUAGGGUUUUUGAAGAACAAUGUCGUCUUCUUCGGUGAUUAAACCAGAAGACGUUCUUGAACAUCUUAUGAACGAUGGUACCAUCGAUGCUCUUCGAUUAAGGAUCAUCAAUCAGCUCAAAGCCAAUGAAGAGUUGAAGAGUACAACGAUUAAAAUGGCGGAGGAGAGUAAAGUUCUUAACACACCUGGUGCUGAGAAACAGACUAAAAGAGAACUCUUUGAUGCUCUUCGUCAAGAACUCGAAGGGCCUGUUCUAGAGAAGGCAUCAAAAUCAGUUUGGGAUCUGAUUCUUGAGAAGGAUGGGUUGGGGAAAGAAAUAAACGAAACAGUCGAGCGUGUCUUUUGUCAUCUAAGUGGGCGAGAACCCCCUUUUUAUCCUCCAUUAAACGUGGAAAAGACCCCGAUGGAGAUGGAUAAAGAGACAGAGAUGAAAGAGGAUAAUAGCGCGUCAAAGACAAAACCAAAGAAAAGAAGUCAUAGUGAGGUGAAUUCCUCUGAAGGUAUUGAUGAAGUUGCAACGACGAAGAAGAAGCAAGGAUAUUCCUCAACUGUAACUUUAGAAUCUGGGAAAACACCGUGAGCCUAAGUUAUGAGAGAGAGACAUUGAUCAUGUUCUGUUGUUCUGAGUCUUCUGAUAUAGUCUCGGUGUUUUAUUGAUGACAUUGCUAUUUUCAUCUACCUCUAAUAUAUGAAUGAAAAAAAGUUACUACAA